CUGCUACAAGGAGUGGGCGAUUUUCGUCGCUGAAGCCGCGAAUGCGACGCGUAAUUCAAAAAUAUUUGAAAAUAACAUUUAAUUGAAAAAAAAAACUGUUUUUGUGUUUUGUUGAUAGAGUGAAAAUAAUAAGGCAGAGUUUUAAUGGUUUUGAAGGUCCCGGUUGCCGAUAAAUCACUUGCCGCUUAAAACACAAAGGACGAAGCAAGAAUUAAAAAAAGAAAUAAGGAAAAGUCCCGGGCUAUUUUUCUUCCGAGCCGGACCAUCGUUUAGCUGGCUCUCAUGAAUAUGACAUCAGCGGACCGCGUGCUUGAUUUAUGCGGCCACGGCUAUCCAUCAACCUGACCGGGGUAACCUUAAAAGUCCACUUUCCCUUGUCGACGGACAACCUUUCUGUUCCAGCCGUGUUUGCGAAUUGAGUAUGCAUGAAGUUUCGAUCGGCGAUUUAUUAAAUCUAUGAGGUCGUGAGGUUUACUCACAGGUCGGUUUGAAGUUGCGUUAUUUUAGUUCAUAUAACGAUCAGGUGUUUUUAACAGUUCAUAUAAUCAGUGCACUUAUAAUCUGAAGUGAAGUCCGAACCGUGAAAGUGCUUAAUUAACAUCAUGAAACGCCGACCUUUGCCGCCGGUCAGAGAAGAGACUACCGCAAAUACGUGGAAGACUUUAUGCGAGAAUGACUGGGCCAUUUACACUUUAGUCGCGUCAGUCAGUGCUUUGACAUACGCAAAUAGUUUGCAUGGUGAUUUUGUGCAUGACGACAUCCCGGCCAUUGUUGGUAAUGGUGACGUGAACGGUGGUAAUAGUGUGUUAGGAGUGUUUGGGAAUGACUUCUGGGGGACUCCGAUGUCGGAUGCAACAAGUCACAAAUCGUACCGGCCGCUAACCACGCUGUCCUUUCGACUAAACUACAAGCUAUGCGGUCGCUCGCCGUGGUGGUGGCACGCUUGCAACAUCGCCCUGCACGCCACGUGUUGCAUGCUGGUUGCUCGCGCUGGCGCUGUCGUGGCAAAGUUGCAACGUCCGUUCGCAGCACUAGCGGCCUUGCUGUUCGCUGUCCAUCCUGUGCACACUGAAGCAGUGGCCGGUGUGGUGGGGCGUGCAGACGUGUUAGCCUGUGUCUUCUUUCUCACAUCUAUUCUUCUUUAUCACGGAACAAACAAUCACCGUGUCUGGGGGAGUGUAGCAGCUGGUGCCCUUAGCAUGUUGGCCAAGGAGACAGGACUCACUGCCUUACUCUUCAAUGCUGCACUGGACCUGUACAGAUGUUGGGCUCAUGUGCACAGAUCUUCGUCAGCAGUAAAAUGGCGUUGGAAAGACAGUCCUUACGGCAGAGCAUUUAAAACUCUAGCAGCUCUCAGUUUACUGGCUGGAGCAAGACUAGCAUUACUACAAGGUUCCUUACCGGCUUUUUCACCACAGGACAAUCCACCUGCUUUCCAUCCUUCAUUUGCUGUCAGGUUGAUGACCUUUUGCUACUUGGCCGCUUUCAACUGGUGGCUGCUAGUGUGUCCAUGGACUUUAAGUCACGAUUGGCAGAUGGGCUCAGUACCAUUGAUCACCAACGUCAGCGAUCUAAGGAAUUUAGUCACCUGUGCUGCCAUGUGCGCUUUGUUUGGUCUCUGUUACAGAUGUCUGCUCGAUUUGGAGAUGCAGCGUCAUACUCCAGCGGUUGUGGGAUUAAUGCUGCUCGUCAUUCCAUAUCUCCCUGCCUCCAACCUGCUUGUCACUGUGGGUUUCGUCAUCGCUGAACGAGUGUUGUAUAUUCCCAGUGUGGGCUCAGUAUUGUUGACUGCGUAUGGAAUUGAACUGAUGUGGAAGCGAGGGUUUAGAACGAAGAAGCUGCUAGUGCUAUGCGUUGCAACACUAGUGGCUGCAGGAGUAGCGAAAACACAUCUUAGAAACAGAGAUUGGAGAACUAGAGAAUCUUUACUAAGAGCUGAUCUCUCAGUGUUGCCACAUAACGCAAAAUUACACUACAAUUUCGCUAAUUUCUUGAAGGACGUCGAGCAGCACGAGAUUGCCAUCAAACAUUACAAGGAAGCAUUGAAAUUGUGGCCAAGUUACGCGAGUGCCCACAAUAACUUGGGCACGCUGGUGCUGGCAUCGGGGAGGGCGGAGCACCACUUCCUUCAAGCCCUUAAAUACAACAAAGACCACGUUAACGCUCAUUACAAUCUCGCUAAAUUAUACAGAAAGAAGAAUAGAAUACCGGAGGCUCUUAGGAUGUUGGAACGUUGCAUAACUUUAGAACCAAGAUUCGUUCAAGCAUAUCUGGAACUGUUACUGAUGAAACCUGAUGAAGAGAAAAGGUGGAUCUUGAACAAACUGCUAGAGUUAGAGCCCUACAACUGGGAGCACUAUCUUCUUUAUGGAAACUGGCUGAGAGGACGAGGUCUUCUCCCGUUAUCACUAGAAUACUAUAGAACAGCGAUGCGUCUGUCAUUCAGUACGCGACACAACAGUCCGAGGGGCGAGUUACUGUCGCUGCGAGCUGCAUGCCUGGCGCUACGGGACACCGGCCAGUACGCGAGGAUGCUGCAGUUAUUAGUCAGAUGGCACGCAGGUCGGGGCGGGCAGCCAGCCGGGGCUCGGCUGCUGGCGGCGCGGGCCUGGAUUCUUCGCUCCCAGCUGGCGCGGCGUGCGGCUCUCUACUCCCACACGCAUCGACAGAUGACAUCAACAUGCCUACACCACAGUCAACUGGAGGUGUCGCCGGAAUUAUACAUAGAUUUUAAACAACAAGACGUCAAACCUAGUUCAAGGCUACACGCGCACGACGCGAAACUUCCCACCACUAAUAGCGUAGAGAAGAAUUGCCAAAAAACCCACGAAAAAAGUGUGCUCUCAGCCCAGUACAAACCGACUCAUAAUAAAUCUGAAACAGGUCAUAAAUUGAAAAGUUGUCCUCUGAAUAAAAAGAAGGAACGUCGAAUAAAAGAUCCGGAGACGUUUCCAUCUUUUGUUUCGGAUCAUUUAAUUAAGACGUAUUAAUUUAAUUUCAUAUUAAAGAGGCUUCAUUUACUUUGGACCAAAAUUAAAAAUAUACUUGGAUAAUAAAAAUAGGCUUACUGGUUAUAGGACCUCUUGUGAGUCCGCACGGGUGGGUACCACCACCUUGCCUAUUUCUGCCGUGAAGCAGUAAUGCGUUUCGGUUUGAAGGGUGGGGCAGCCGUUGUAACUAUACUGAGACCUUAGAACUUAUAUCUCAAGGUGAGUGGCAGCAUCUACGUUGUAGAUGUACUCCGGCUCCAGUAACCACGUAACACCAGGUGGGCUGUAAGCUCGUCGACCUGUCUAAGCCAUAAAAACAAACAAAAAAAAGAUUUGUGAAUUUUCGACCACAAAUUAGAACUAGCUGCACACUAAGGAUCGGAAUUUGAUAUCUCAGACGCGUCCUACCAAGGUAGUUAUAAUUAUUGGUCCACAGUGUAUGAAAGCACCAGCAUAUGAAACGCUGUUGAUAUCCUUCACAGUGAACAAUGUUCCUUUUGCUGUAACUAUCGUAAAAUAUUUUUUAACGAAAGACUAGUCGAGGAAAAGACGUGAGAUUAUAUUAUAUUACAUGACAUUAACUUCAAUUUGUGCCAUUAAAAAUGUAAAUAAAUAACGUUAUUUAAGAUAAUAUGAUACUAUUCCUGUAUUUUAUGAAUUAUUGUGACUUCACUUAUUUUACAAUUUACAUUCACCCAUUGUAAUUUGACCGUCAAUAUAUACCUAACUUGUCCUCUUUAGUAAUUCAAUUUCACAUCUCGGUUUCAUUUUGCGACGAUCCAAAUAAGAAUUAUUUUUGCUAUCAGCAUAACACGCUGUUGUAAUGUUCAAAUUCUAAUUUAGCCACAUCAUUAUCUAUACAAUAACAGUAAUUUUCUGAAUUUCCUUUUAAUACAAAGCUUUUGGAUAAAUCAAUAUUUUUAUACACCAUGUGGAAUAGACUUAGUUGGAUAGUGCCACCGCUCCAUCAUAUUCUUGUCCUGGAUUAUUCAUCCUAGGAAGACCCAAAAUACUAUCGCGAUACAGUUACUGGUGGAAGGUGGCCUUAUGUGCCCACACGGACAGGGACCACCAUCCUGCCUAUUUUUGCCACAUAACAGCAUUCCGAUUUGAAGAGUGGGGCAGCCGGUGUAAUAUUGAACGGAAAUUUAGAACUCAUGUCUCAAGGAAGGUGGCGGCAUUAUCAUUUUUGAUAUCUAUGGGCUUCGGUAAGCACUUAGCAUCAGGUGUUGGUCAUCAGAUGAGUUCAAGUUCGAUCAAAGAAGAUGUCGAUACUUGCCAUCAGGAUUUACAGCCUCGGGAGGUUUUUCAUCUCCAUGUAUUACCUAUUGAAUUGGACAUAUAUCUCAACUGCCACCAAAGGUCACGACUUCGCUGUGCUCUUGGAUACUUACUGGUGGUAGGACCUCUUGUGAGUCUACGCGGGUAGGUACCAUCACCCUACCUAUUUCUGCCGUGAAGCAGUAAUGCGUUACGGUUUGAAGGAUGGGGCAGCCGCUGUAACUAUACUUGAGACCUUAGAACUUAUAUCUCAAGGUGGAUGGCGCAUUGACGUCGUAGAUGUCUAUGAACUCCAGUAACCACUUAACACCAGGUGGGCUGUGAGCUCGUCCACCCUAAGCAAUAAAAAAAAAUAUAAAAAACUUGAAGAAGUUCAGUGAAUAUUUAUGAUCUAGAUUAAAUGUUUAUUUGUGAUCAGCAAUGACAAUAUUUUGAACAAUAGUCUGGUGUUAUUGUCUUGAUGUUUCCAAAUAUCAGUGAAUAUAUGAGGUGGCUUUUCCGCCUAUCAACCUUCGAUUCAACCUUCGCCGAAUAUUAAUUUGAUUUCAAAACUGACUCAAAGAACAAGUCUCAGACAAGGAAAUAAUGCUUAAGUAUUACAUUUAUGGUAUUAUAAAUAAGAAUUUGUAAAAAAUGUACAUAAAUUGAGCUAGUAUUUUAAUGAAAAGACCACAAUUAUAUCGUUUUAAUUAUAAAUCGUAAUGCUUGCAAUAGCCGAUAUUGAUAAUUUGGUAAUGUUGUUUUAAAUAUAUGAAAUGUGACAAGAA